AUGGGCUCACAGACAGCAGUGUCCUACUUGAUGGCUCUGAAUUCUUCUCAAGCAUCCCUCAGACUCAGACCCUCAAGUUUUCCCCUCCAAAUCCCACCUCAUGCCAAGGCCACAAGCCGCAAUCUGAUUCUCAAAUUUCCCAGAGCAAGAACCAGAGCAACCCUUGAUGGCAAGGAACAAAGUGCCAGCACCACACCUCUACUUGUCCAGGAACCACGGCCCAACGGAGAAGUUGAGGAGAGUGUGAAAGUGCUCAAGAAUGCUGCAAAAACAAGACGGGUGGCUGCAGAGGAGAUUCUGUCUGCUCUAUCUGUCAUUGAGAAGGCAAAACUUGACCCCUCCGGGUUUCUCGAUACGCUUGGUGGAUCAAAAUCCCCUGGCAGAACCUGGAUGCUCAUUUUUACUGCUGAGAAGGAAUUGAAGGGUGGUCGCUACUUCCCUAUUACAGCUGUUCAGAGGUUCGAUGCUGCUGUAAGCCUUUCCAUCUCUAUUUCAACUACUCAUGGCUACAUUUUGUAG